ACACCAUGAGGCUCCAUCUCAUUGAGCCAAACAACAAGUAGAAUUAACAGAAAAUUAAAGAACCCAAUCAUGAGGCUCUUUAUUUCAUAUCUCCUCCUACUCUUAAUCACGGUGGCAACAACAACCUCUGCCACUCCCACCAGACACAGAAAAAAUUACAGAUUCCCCAAGCCCUGCAAAAAAUUGGUGUUUUACUUUCAUGACAUCAUUUACAACGGCCACAAUGCCAAGAACGCCACCGCGGCGAUCGUUGGUGCGCCCGCAUGGGGCAACACAACCGUGCUAACAGGGAAGAACCAUUUUGGUGAUGUGGUUGUUUUUGACGACCCCAUCACCAUGGACAAUAACUUGCACUCGCCUCCGGUUGGGCGCGCUCAGGGAUUCUACAUUUACGAUAAGAAGGAGAUUUUCACGGCUUGGCUUGGAUUUUCCUUUGUGUUCAACUCUACUCAGCAUAAGGGUAGCAUAAAUUUCGCAGGUGCUGAUCCUUUGAUGAACAAAACCAGGGACAUUUCGGUUAUUGGAGGGACUGGUGAUUUCUUCAUGACUAGGGGAGUGGCUACUCUCUCAACAGAUUCUUUUGAAGGGGAAGUUUAUUUCAGGCUUCGUGUGGAUAUUAAUUUGUUUGAAUGUUGGUAAUUGUUAAGGGCUGCAAUGCAUCAACCAUAUUUGCCCUUGUUGUUAUGUUUUUUUUUGUGUUGUCCCUUUUUUUUUUUGAAAGUGUUGUCCUUUUUUUAAUCAAUCAUCCCAUUCAAAUUUCUUUAGGAGUUGUUGUGUCAUAUAAAUAUAUGACGGCUCCAAAGAUUAUCUUCAGUGUUGCUCACUUAUAUUAUCUACUUAUUCAAAUUUUGAUGAUGCUUCACAAAUGAACAUCUUCGUGUAUUAACUUUUGUUAUGGGAAUUAAGGUAUUUGUUGUUUUUUUUUUCUC